AUAUUAUUGCUCGGACUUUGCACGGGGUGUUUCAAAAGUGAACAAGAAAGCAAGUAUCAGUUGUAUUGAUAAUUUCCAUUUCCAUUUGUAUACACGGAAGAGAUGAGUGGCGCACCGCUCAGACUGCGGCCGAGAGAAUGAGGAAAUGGGUGACAUGCUUCCAGCUCGAGAGUAAAGCAUCAGACUGGUCAGAGAGAAAGGAUGCCAGACAAGAGGAGAGCUAGUGACUCUACCACACAGACAGCUUCUGUAACCCAUGACACGACUGAUCGCUGGAUGUUUCGGAGAAGACAGAAAACAUAUAUUUUAUCCUCCUCAUGGUCAAAUAAUUUCAUUAAAGAAAGACAACAUAACUAACCAUUUGUCAUUUCAACAAAGCUGCCGAAAUACUCUCUGUACAAAAUGAACAUUAUAUCUGCCAUUAUUGUAUUUGAAAACAUCCAUGAGGUUAGGAGGCUCUGUCACUGGGGUCCGAUCAUUGCACUUACAGUCAUCGCUGUGUGCUCGUCCAUGGCCAUACUGGACUCUAUUAUCUGGUACUGGCCCUUGGACACUACGAGUGGCAGCAUUAACUUUAUUAUGCUCAUCAACUGGACUGUCCUCAUUCUUUACAACUAUUUCAAUGCCAUGUUUGUGGGUCCUGGAUAUAUUCCUUUACAGUGGAAACCGGAAAAUCCACAAGACACUAGGUACCUACAGUUCUGUAGAGUGUGUGAAGGCUAUAAAGCCCCAAGAUCUCACCACUGCAGAAAGUGUAACAGGUGUGUGAUGAAGAUGGAUCACCAUUGUCCCUGGAUCAACAACUGCUGCGGACAUCUGAAUCAUGCCUACUUCACCACUUUCCUCCUCCUCGCCCCGCUGGGUUGCAGCCACGCUGCUCUCAUUUUCAUCAUGACGAUGUACUCUCAGUUAAAUGACCGGAUCUCUUUUGGUUGGAGCUCAGUGAAGAUAGACAUGAGUGCCCCUCGACGUGUCCACCAUCCCAUAAUGCCAUUCAGCAUAUCAGCUUUUGCAGCCAAUCUCUUUGCUCUGGGACUGGCAUUGGGCACUACCAUUGCUGUUGGCAUGCUGUUUUUUAUUCAGAUAAAAGUGAUUCUGCGAAACAAAACCUCAAUUGAAGUAUGGAUUGAGGAGAAGGCCAAAGACAGAAUCCAAUACUACCAAACAGGAGAGGAGUUCAUCUUCCCGUAUGACCUGGGAAGUCGCUGGGCGAACUUCAAGCAGGUGUUCACCUGGUCUGGGACCCCCGAUGGAGAUGGUAUUGAAUGGCCCGUAAAUGACAAAUGCCACCAGCAUACAUUAACUAUUGAGCAGCUGAAGCAGAAAGCUGACAAACGUGUGAGAAGUGUGCAGUACAGAGUUGUGGAGGACUACAACGGAGCAUGGUGUCCAGUAGGAAAGGGAAUAAAUACGUUCUUCAGGUCGCCAUGCACUGAAGAACCCAGGAUCAAACUCACUAAAGGGGAAACCAUCUUAGCCACAAGAGGAACCAAGUGGUGGAUGUAUGGGGACAAAGUUUUGGAUGAGGAACAGACCAAAGCUGGAAUCCGCGUUAGAGGGUGGUUUCCACGCCGCUGUGUAGUAAAGUGCCACUAUGACUCAGCGAAUAACACACCAGCAUGCGAAGAAAAGAAAGACAAAUAAGACAAGUGGGGUGUGUUUUACUGUUUGACUUGUACACUCUUAGCAAAAAAAACAUUCCUCAAGGGUUCUGUGGGUGGUUAAUGUGAUGGUUUUAGCUUUCUAAAUGGGUACUGCAUAGAAUGGGAAAUCAUCCAUUGUAGGGUUCUACAUGGAUCCUUUUAGGGUUUAAAAAAAUUUAAAAUUGAAGAUUCAUGUUUUUAGACUGAAGUCUGAUUCCACAGACUCAGCACCGUGCUGUACUUCUGUUCCUGGCUGAUCCAGAGAUGUCAGAUUUCUAAAUCAAGUCAGUGGCAGAUCAAUUGUCUAACUGUCCAAACCAGCAACUUCUGCUUCUUCAUAUGAACUUGUGUACCUUUGUAACAUUUCCAAAGAUAAUAUAAAUGAAAUGUGGCACAGAGGGAAUUGUUCCUGAAGUGAAGAACUGGGGCUUGUAAGUAUUCCUUCUUAGGAUCUGAGCAAAGGUUUACUUGAAUAUAUUGUUUUCUCUGUUUCUCUCUGUCUUUGAUGUCUAAGCCGUUUAUGCAAUGCCUUUUGCCAGCUGUAUCAAGGUCUUAGUCAUGCAAAUACUCUGUAUUCUUUGUACAGAAAAAAAAAAAUUUUAUUUUUGAUUAUUUUUGUAAGACUGAUGUUAACCUCACAAUAGAGAAGUAAACAUUUCUGCUCUG